UCAAUUUCAUCCCUUCAUCUGUUUUUCAGACAAUUCCCUUUUUGUUUCAAUUUGAUCGGAACAAUUUUAACGGCUACUCCCAAAAUCUCGAAUUGUACGGUUGCUUUUGUUUAAUCGACGUGAUUUUGAUUUGGGUUUGGUGUUAUUAUGACGUAUGAGGACGAUGAUGUAGUUACCCUUCUGAAGAUUGCGAUUGAAGAUCCCAAGGAUGAUUAUUUGAUCUUGAACGAACCGGAGGGGUUGCGCGGCGGUGGCGGCGGUGGCGGUGGUUCCCUGGCGUCUUGUUCGUCGGCGAGGUGUAGUACUAGUGUCGGUGGUGGCUUUUGGUGGUCUAUUUGGUGGUGGGCAAAGCUUGUUCUUGUUUUUGUGUUCUUGGCUGUUUUGGGGGUUUGUUUCUUUCUAUGGAUUGGACCCUUUUUGAUGAAUAAGGAGGUUAUCCCUAUUUUGAAUUGGGAAACAGAAACUUUCACCCAACCAGCGUUAGCAGUUUUUAUAUUUGUUUCGGUGGCAUUAUUCCCCACCAUGUUUCUACCAUCGACUCCUUCCAUGUGGGUGGCGGGAAUGAGCUUCGGUUAUGGUUAUGGAUUUCUUCUGAUCAUCGGAGGAGUCACUAUUGGCGCAUCAAUUCCUUAUUUCAUUGGUUCCCUAUUUUACCACAAAAUUCAAGGGUGGUUAGAAAGGUAUCCGAAGAAAGCUUCUAUUUUGAAGUUAGCAGGUGAAGGAAACUGGUUUAAUCAAUUCAGAGCGGUCACGUUGUUGAGAAUCUCCCCUUUCCCGUAUAUGGUGUACAAUUUCUGUGCUGUGGCAACCGAUGUUAAGUUUGGUCCCUACUUGUUGGGAACGUUGGUGGGAAUGGUGCCAGAGAUUUUCGUAGCAAUAUACACGGGUAUAAUGAUCCGAACUUUGGCAGAUGCUUCAAAUGAUCAACAUUCGCUUUCAGCGCCUCAAAUCAUCUGUACGGUCGUUGGUUUUCUUUUAACGAUUGCUACGACCGUGGUGGUGACGGUUUAUGCGAAAAGACGAUUGAGCGAGUUGCAGAAGGACGAAGAGCAGCUACUGCUGCAGUAACAUCUGCUGCAUCCUUGGAAACUGGAGGUUAUCUUCUUCAACCUGUGGGGAAGAAGUGUUGUUUGGCAGAGAUGAUGAAGAGAAACAGCAACUAACAAAAACAAAAUGUGGUUCCUCAUUGAUAUAGUUAGUAUAUAGGAGGUGGUGGUGGUGGUGGUGGUGGAAAGUGGAAGUAAAAAUUGGCAUUCAUUGUUUUUUUUAUCCCACUUUUGCCCUUCAUAAAAGUGUAUAUAUAAUUCAACUGCAUAUGCUUGAAAUGACAUGUUUUCAUACAUGGAAAUGGUUACAUCU